CCAACACAAAGUUGUCCAGUGACAAGUCGAUUUGAAGGAUCAGAGUUCGUGUUGGUAAUGUGAAGUGGCGUGGAUUUAGGCUCGAUACUGGAAACUACUCUUGGGGUAGUGAGGCUGUGACGAGAAAGACCCGUAUUCUCGAUGUGGUGUACAACGCAUCUAACAGCGAGCUUGUUCGUACUCAAACCUUGGUGAAAUUGUUCAGGUUGAUGCAGCACCAUUCAAACAGUGGUACCUUCAGCAUUAUGGAGUGGAUAUUGGACGGAAGAAGAAGACCUCAGCAGCUGCUAAGAAGGACAAGGAAGGUGAUGCUCCGAGCGAGGAGGCGACGAAGAGUAACCAUGUACAGCGAAAGCUAGAGGAACAACAGCAGGAUCGAAAGCUUGAUCCUCAUAUUGAAGAACAAUUCAGCAGUGGUCGUUUGAUGGCCUGUAUCUCAUCAAGACCGGGUCAAUGCGGUCGAGCCGAUGGGUACAAUGAGAGCACCAUCAUUACUUGCGCAAUGCUUGCCUGGUUUGGUGCCCCAAGAUAAAGGAAGCCAGAGCACUCCCUCCAUUUCAGAGAGAGAUGUCCAUCUCCCCUCACCAGCUGUAGAGAUUCUCCCUUCAAAGACAGCUCAUCCCUACAAAUAUGCAGGGGAGAACGUCGAUUUGCAAGGUCUCAAUGUUUUUAAGGGUAGAGUUAGUGUGGCUGAUAUAAUUGGCUUCAAUGGAUCAGAGUCUAUAUCUUCAAAGCCUGAAGGCUAUCUGAAAUCUUGGGACAGUUCCAUUGAUCUUGUUAAUGUCCUUAAGCAUGAGAUUCGUGACGGACAGCUGAGCUUUAGGGGCAAAAGAGUACUUGAGCUGGGUUGUAGCUAUGGACUUCCUGGAGUUUUUGCUUGCCUCAAGGGAGCAAGCAUAGUGCACUUUCAAGACCUGAGUGCAGAAAGUGUUAGAUGCACAACCAUACCGAACGUCCUUGCGAAUCUCGAACAAGCUCGGGACAGGCAGAGUAGACAGGCGGAGAGUCCCUUAACUCCGUCCAGACACAGUUUGAGCCCAUCGGUACAUUUUUACGCGGGCGAUUGGGAAGAGCUCCCAACAGUGUUGUCCGUUGUUAGGGGUGAUGGAUUUGAAGGACCUACUGGAAUGAGCUUGAGCUUCUCUGAAGAAGAUUUUAUGGAUGGUUGCAGCAGUCAAGAUGGUAGCAUCAUUGGGCAUGAGUCUUCCUCGAGGAGAUCGAGGAAACUAUCGGGAAGUCGAGCAUGGGAGAGGGCGAGUGAGAGCGAUCAGGGAGAAGGUGGAUACGAUGUGAUUUUAAUGGCGGAAAUCCCAUAUUCACUCAACUCUUUGAAGAAACUAUACAGUCUUAUGAAGAAGUGUGUGAGGCCACCAUAUGGAGUGUUAUACUUGGCGACCAAGAAGAAUUACGUCGGUUUCAAUAGCGGAGCGAGGCAUUUGAGGAGUUUGGUCGACGAGGAAGGCGUUUUUGGAGCUCACUUGGUGAAGGAGAUGACUGACAGAGACAUUUGGAAGUUCUUUCUCAAGUGAUACAAUGGCUUUGCUUCUUUCAUUGUAAAAUCUGUAUUUUUCUUUUACUUUCUCUCAAUUUUGCCUGGAUUUCUCCUGCUUUUACUGUAAAGUAUACACUCUCUCAGUUAAUCUUAGGUUGAAUGUUCUUAUUGUUCUA